AUGUCCUGGCUGCUGCCCCGGCUGCUUCUCCUCCUCUCCAUCCAGGGCGCCCUGGCCCUGAAGAUCUGCUCUUUCAAUGUGAGGUCCUUUGGGGAAAGCAAGAAGGAUAACCAGAACAUCAUGGACAUCAUCGUGAAGAUCAUCAAGCGAUGUGACAUCAUGCUCCUGAUGGAAAUCAAAGACAAUAACAACAUGAUCUGUCCCAUGCUGAUGGAGAAGCUGAAUGGAAAUCUAAGGAGAGGCACAACAUACCGCUAUGUGAUUAGCUCUCGACUGGGAAGAAACACAUAUAAAGAACAGUACGCCUUUCUCUAUAAGGAAAAGCUGGUGUCUGUGAAGAAAAACUAUCUCUACCAAGACGAUCAGCAUGGGGAUGAAGAUGUGUUUUCCAGGGAACCCUUUGUGGUCUGGUUCCAGUCACCACACACUGCCAUCAAGGACUUUGUGAUUGUCCCCCUGCACACCACUCCUGAGACAUCUGUUAAAGAGAUUGACGAGCUGGCUGAUGUCUACAUGGAUGUGAAAAGACGUUGGAAAGCUCAGAAUUUCAUUUUCAUGGGUGACUUCAACGCCGACUGCAACUAUGUCCGCAAGAAGGCCUGGAAGGACAUUCGCCUGAGAACUGAUCCCGGCUUCGUCUGGCUGAUCGGGGACCAGGAGGACACCACAGUCAAGGAGAGCACCAACUGUGCAUAUGACAGGAUCGUGCUUAGAGGACAAGAGAUUGUCAACUCUGUUGUUCCCAACUCAAACGGAGUCUUCAACUUUAGGGAAGCUUAUAAGUUGACAGAAGAGGAGGCCCUGGAUGUCAGUGACCACUUCCCGGUUGAAUUUAAACUACAGUCUUCAAGGGCCAACAGCAACUACAAAAAAUCAAUCACUCCAAAGAAGAAAAAAAAGGCCAACAGCUCCUAG